UCAUCAGGUAACAGAACAGUUAUGGCUCAUUCAGACUCUGGCUGGGCUGCUGGUAAAUUCUGUGUGUGUCCCACUCCCGGUCUGUAGCUCCGCCCACCAAAAUCGGGGCGUGGCCAAUGCAAGGUCAGCGGGUGACUGGUCAGGGACAAGCUGUAUCCAGCACUCAGUACAUCAGCUGCUGUGCUGUGCCCAAUGGACUGUUCUGCUGCUGUAACGCUGAGGAGAUUCCUGAUCUGUGCAGGAACUCCUCAGCAGUGUCUGCUGUGUUCCUGUUGGCUGAGUGACACAUCAUACACUGACUGCCCGGGCAUGAGGCUGAAGAAUGAAAUUGCAGGCAGAAGUACAACCUGAACACACACGGAAAAUGGAAGUUUUAAAUCAUACACUUGAAGGUAUUGAGUUUUUUGUUGAAAAAAUCAAUUUGGAUCAAAAGAAAAAAAAAGGAAAAGCAGCAGUUUCAGAAGCAGAAUUUAUUGAUUGUCUUCAAAAGAUAAAGUACAGUUUUAAUUUAAUGGGAAAACUCAAGGAUGAGAUGUACCAGCCAAGCGCUGUGGAAUUAGUCCAUAUGAUGCUGAGCUUGCUUCCAAAGAUCCUGUCCAAAUGUCCAUGGAAGAACACCUCCAGUACUGUGGUGUCUCCAUUCCUUACACAAAAGGCCAUACUGCUAUUGAACUCAUGUGUGACAGAUAAAGAAAGACAGCUGUGGGAAAGUUUGGGGGAAGCGUGGUUAAGAACAAGAGAUGACUGGCCCAAUGGAAAGAUGGUACCACCAUAUACUCCCUUAUUCUCUAAUGGGUGGAUUCCUCAAGAGAUAGUCCCCAGUAGUGGCCAACCAGAGAUUGAAAGAAAUAGCCAGACACCAUCUUCUAACAGACAAUUGUCACCACUCCAAAUGAAAGUCCUUUAUGAUUUUGAAGCCAGAAACGACCGUGAACUGUCAGUGAGGAAAGGAGAGAAUGUAAAGGUAUUGGAUCAGAGCAGACAAUGGUGGAUGGUUGAAAGUGAUCAGGAACAGCAAGGCUUUAUACCAAAUAAUAUACUGGAGAUCUCAACUAAUGAUCAGGUUUCAGUGGAUUUCUCAUUACUACAGCCUAGUUCCAAACCAGAGGAAGUGACAGCAUGGCUACGGGAUAAGGGCUUCUCUAGGAUCACAGUGAGGUGUCUUGGUGUUCUAAGAGGAGAGCAACUAUUGUGCCUGACUCGUGAGGAAAUAAUGGCUGUGUGUCCUGAGGAAUGUGGCCAAGUGUUUAGCCAACUCAGUGAAGUUCGAGCAUCUUUGGAGGUGCCCUGUUUUUAAACUUUCUGUCUCCUGGACCACCUUUAGUAGAUGUUGAAGUACUAUCAUGACUGGCAGCAUUAGUACUGGGUUGCUGCUCCUGCUCUUCUAUCAACUGAUCCAUAUUGACUCACAGCACUAUUAGUAAUGGUGGCACUUACUGAACUUAAUUUUUUUUUUGUUUGAAUAAACAUUUUAUUGGAUUUU